GUGAUCAUUGAUGUAUUAAAGGAUGCCGAUAGUAAAUCACCUAAGGUGUUGUCCAAGAGUGUCCGCCAUCGUCUCGCCCACAAGCUUGGGGACCUACCGCCCGCCUACCCUCGAGAGGUGGUGGAGAUCGAUCUGGAUGAUGAUGAUUGA